GGCGAUGGAGCGGUUCGGCGGCGGCGGCGGCGGGGCGGGCGGGUACGGGGCGGCGGAUCCGCUGUCCCGGCAGCAGGAGCGGCACUACCGGCUGCUGUCGGAGCUGCAGGCGCUGGUGAAGGCGCUCCCCAGCCCCUGCCAGCAGCGCCUCUCCUACACGACGCUGAGCGACCUGGCGCUGGCGCUGCUGGACGGGACCGUCUUCGAGAUCGUGCAGGGCCUGCUGGAGAUCCAGCACCUCACCGAGAAGAACCUCUACAGCCAGCGCCUGCAGCUGCACAGCGAGCACCGCGGGCUGAAGCAGGAGCUCUUCCACCGGCACAAGGAGGCCCAGCAGUGCUGCAGACCCCACAACCUGCCGCUCCUCCGCGCCGCCCAGCAGCGGGAGAUGGAGGCCGUGGAGCAACGAAUUCGAGAGGAACAGCGAAUGAUGGAUGAGAAGAUAGUCUUGGAACUGGACCAAAAAGUGAUAGACCAACAGAGCACUCUGGAGAAGGCGGGGGUGUCUGGCUUCUACAUCACCACCAACCCACAGGAGCUGACAUUACAGAUGAAUUUACUGGAACUGAUUCGGAAGUUACAACAGAAGGAAUCUGAGUCGGAGAAGGCUUUUUCCUAAAUGACCAAAUCUGCUGUUUACUUUCCACAGUUUUCUUCUGACUUCCCUCUAAAGAUUAGACUGUUUAUGCGUUUGCUUUUUAUCACGUCAGGACGAGGCUACUGGCUGUAGAAGAAAGAGCUGAGGCCCUUAGAUAACCUUAGAGCUGGGUGAAGCAGGUCCCCAGAGCUGGGGGGUGGUUGGGGAGCAUCAGACUGCCUCUCCAGUCCUCAAAGCGAGAUGCAUCCUGCGCGUCUCGCUAGAACAAGGUGACAGAGGGCAUUAAUCUGCCAUGUGCAGCCUGCAGCGUCGGUGAGGCCGUUCUCUAAGCCAGGGGAGACGGGGCCGAGCUCCAAGGCAGCAAACCCAGCCUAGCCGUAUUUGGGUGAGCCCUGUGUUUAGGUGACAAGCUCACCAGGUGAGCAGUGUGACCGCCAGGUUUGCGGAGGAGGAGUGCAGGUCUCUGGUAGGGAAGGGGAGAGGUGAGCAACUGCCAGAGCAGGCCAGGAAGCCAAGUGGACUCGCCGUCUGGUGCCACCACACCAUGGCAGAUGGGGAAAAAAAAGUCCCAAGGUUUAUCUACAGGAAAAUGCUUCUGUGUAUGUUGAGGGAAGAACAGCCUCUUGAACAGGCAGACCCUUCCCAGUGAGACCUCUAGGCAGAUAACAGCACUGGCUUUAUUAAAGAUUUCUGGCCUCUGCCCACUGUUAGUGGGCUGUGACGUUCACAGUGUUCCCACCCGACUCGGAUUGCAGAGAAGGAUUGAGAGUUUUUGCUUUGUUACUUUAAACCAGUUUUCAAAUGGAGAGGAAUAAAAUAUUCUGUCCUGCCUUCUGGGGCUGCAGCUUUCUAAA